AUGGCACCCCCAGACAAGUACUCUGUCAUCCUCCCUACCUACAAUGAGCGCAAGAAUCUGCCGAUUAUCUGUUGGCUGAUCGAGAAGACUUUUCGCGAGAACAAUCUCAACUGGGAGGUCAUCAUUGUCGACGACGCAUCUCCGGACGGAACUCAGGACAUUGCGAAGCAGCUUCAGGGCUUGUGGGGUGAGGACCACAUUGUCUUGAAGCCGCGUGAAGGAAAACUCGGCCUUGGGACCGCCUACGUCCAUGGUUUGAAAUUCGUCACUGGCAACUUUGUUGUCAUCAUGGACGCCGACUUCAGCCAUCACCCCAAGUUUAUCCCCGAGAUGAUCAAGAUUCAAAAGGAAACCAAUUGUGAUAUCGUCUCCGGAACAAGAUAUGCAAACCGCGGCAACCUGCGUGGCGGAGUUUAUGGUUGGGAUUUGUGGCGCAAGUUGACUUCCCGCGGAGCCAAUUUGAUCGCGGACAUUAUGUUGAUGCCGGGAGUGAGCGACCUCACUGGAAGUUUCCGCCUGUACAAGAAAUCGGUCUUGGAGAGAGUCAUCAGGGUCACCGAGAGCAAAGGGUACACCUUCCAGAUGGAAAUGAUGGUCCGCGCCAAAGCCAUGGGAUACAAGGUGGAGGAGUGCCCAAUCACUUUCGUCGACCGCCUUUACGGAGAGAGCAAGCUGGGUGGUGAGGAAAUCGUGGAAUAUCUAAAAGGCGUCUUCACCUUGUGGCUGAAAGUCUAA